UAUUCCUCAUACCGUAUGGUGGUGUUUCCCUGAAGCAUUACUGCAUGUGUAGUUCCCUGCUCCGCUCGUAGCUCCAGCACCUCUGUGUUGACUGUUUUCAUAGGCAAGCCCCACUGUGAAGUGUGUUUUCGCGCGGGGGGGGAUCAUCCAGGUGGUUAGCAUUCCUCUGUAAUCCAAGACGUUAGCUGAUAUCUGGGGUGUGAAUUAAUUAUUAUCAUGAAACCUGAUCCGUUAACCAAAAUAUGACUUUCCACGUCCCGUUGUUGAUCCAAUUAUUGUGUCAUUUGCUGACAUGUUUGUGAGGAGCAGCUGCUCAGAAGAGGAAGUCACUGUUUAUACACGCUUUGCAUUGUUUCCUUGAGCCCUGAAAGGUUAAUACUACAACCGCCGCAGCACUGACGAUGAUCGGCCAUGUUCAAUUUGAUGUGUUUAUAUCAGUGCUAUGACGCAUUUCAGCUGUGAAGAGAGGAAAAAUAUUUUUCUUGUCUUUUUCAUCCUCGUGAGUUUUUCCUCCCCCAUUUGCACAGGAAGUUCUGCUCUUCAUGUGCAAACUCAGUGAUGCAAUAGCUCUUGGGCUUUAAUGGUUCCUGUUCUUCACAGCUACAUUGCCAACCGUUUCUUAACUUGUGAAAUGUGACUUUUAGCUAUUGCUUCAUUCACAAGCUUUAAUUUCCAAAGUCUUGCAGUGUUGGAAAAAAACAUUGGAUUUCUUCUUUGAGUCAUAUGCAGUUUUAUCUGUUGGCCGUUCUGGUUUCAUAUUGCAGUGAAAACCAGCCUGGUCUCAGUUACAAAUAGAAUAACAAGUUCUGUGUUCUGAUUCUGGUUUUGUGAACUCGCAAGGUCAAACAUUAUAACUGAAGUAUGUUUUUCCACUUGGUUUACCAAUAUAAAUCAAUGAAAUGCAUGUUUUCAAACUUUCUGUGAAUUGGUGACGACAUAAUGACAUAAGCUUCCACUUAAUUUUAGCAGGCAAAUGAAUAUGUUUACACAUGCGUCUUAUAAAGCUCACUUCAUUAUUUGUAAAAAAAAAAAAAAAAAAAAAAAAGACAGCAGGGAAGCAUUAAAACAAAAAAAGUAUGCAAUCGAUGAAAAAAACUGGAAGAAGACAAUGUAAUAUUUUUUAUUUAUAUAUUUCCAUGAAGAUUCACAGAAAAAAACUAUCAAUAUCAAAUGGUGAGGAAAGAAAAAAAGUACAAAUAAAGUUCAGUUAGCAAGUAUUAAAAAUGCAAAUCGUAAUCUCAGGGAUAAAAAGGCCCCAACACAGUUAAUCAGAAGAUGUGAAUGUCCAUGACAGGACUAUGACAUUUUAGUCUCAUUUCACUGAGAGUGGCUUUUGCAUGACACAAUGGAGCCAUAGCUUGAGCAUGCAAAGUCUCACAGAGGCAUUUGUUUACUGGCUCCCUGUCAAACUCUCCAUCAAUAUCAACUAUCCUCUCAGCAAAUCUUCUUGAUGUCUCUUGUCACUGGUUCUCAACUAUCAUCACGAUGACUUGCCUCACUGGUGUGCUCUGAUUUCCACAUAAAUAUAAUUGAGAUCAUUUUUACAAUAAGUUCCAAUAUGCCUUUUAGAUGUACAGGGGUUAGACAAAAUAAUGGAAACACCUUUAAGAAAAAAGCUUUAAGGUUUUUAUUAUUUUGUCCAACCCCUGUAUUUGACUUCAAUGUUUCUCUGGUCUUGCAUGCUUCCGUCCUCCAUUGAAUUCCAUGAACCUUUUCUCCUUUUUGUGAGCCCCUUCUCUCUGAAAUGCAAGCAUAUUGUCUGUUGUAUUCCAUUGACGACCAGUACGACAAGGUUCCAUCUCUUCUUUGCCUUUCUCCAUUGCAGUUUCUCCAGCUUCUGAAUGUAGAUCCUUCCAAAUUCGUGAGCGGGUGUCACAACACAGGCUGAUUGACGGUUCUUAAAAAUAAAGGAUAUAUAUUCUAAACUAAUUGCAUAAGAGCUAAACAACAAAAAAGGAAAAAGAGGGGUCUCUUAAAGUCAAUGACUGUAUUUCAAACUAUUCAUUAGUGCACAAAGUGCAAUACAUUUUUUCCCGGUUGACCAUUCCAUGAAACUAAAUUAACCAUAUGCAAGUAAAACAGUCAUGUUAUGAACCAAACCCAUAUAGAAAGAAAACACUAAAUGCUUCAAACCAUGUGCCCAUAUCACCUUGGUAGCGGCUUGUAACAUUUCAUAUUCAAUGGAAACACAUCUUCUCUAGACUGAACUCUCUGCUAAAAUGUUUCGGUAAACGUGCGUGCAGCUUGUCCAGGUCUGAGUCUUGUUUUUUUUUAGACUGGUUUUGAACACAGGUAAAUGUAUGUUUUAUGACAUAAAAUGAUAUAUAUUGCAUCAAAAUAUUUGAAAUAGUGAACUAUAAUAAUACAUAUCACAAUAUUUUGGGUAGUUAAACCGAUCAUAAGUGAAGGUCACAGAGGAUCGUGGCCAUGUUGUAGUUUCAGAGACUGAAUUCAGGCAAGUUAUUCAAGGCUUGAAACUGGACACAAAGGUCAGUGGAGGUUGACUGCCAUGACCACGGAACCAAAAUUCUUGAACUUCCCAGCAAGCUGUUUCCACAUAUAAAUAGAUUUGGGUAGAUUUUAACAUCAUGAUGAUCCAGGCCUGCCGGGUUGUUGUGCAUUUGUGAGUGAUGGCACUGUCUCCCCAGAACCACAGUACAGCAUUUGUCAAAGCCUCCCCCAUCCCCUCGGGUUUGUUUUUCUCCCCCCCCCUUGUCAGUGUGAACUUGAGAGCGAGGCUGCCACUGGCACAUGGUCUCUCUCCCUCUUCCUCUCACACACACACACACAAACUGAGAGGAUGUAAAUGAAGCAGAGUCAUUUUAAGCUAUUUAUGGAUCGUCCUAAGGGCUCCGUGGAACUGGCCAGCCUGCGGGCUUCCUGACUCCAUUGGUGCAAUAGACUUUUCUACUGACAGCAUGACAGCUUCAUCCUUCCCUGGCAAGAUGUCUCCCAGCAAGGCCAUGACCAUGAAGGACUAUGAAAAUCAAAUCACUGCCCUGAAGAAGGAAAACUUCAACCUGAAGCUCCGCAUUUACUUCAUGGAGGAGCGCAUGCAGCAGAAAUGUGACGACUCGACCGAGGAUAUCUUUAAAACGAAUAUCGAGUUGAAGGUGGAGUUGGAGUCGAUGAAAAGGGACUUGGCGGAAAAACAAGAGCUCCUCGUUUCAGCUUCCAAAGCAUUGGAGAGCUUGGCUACUCGGGACCUCGGAGAACCCAACCAAAUCAGGGAGCAGGCUCAGAGAGAAAUGGAUGCCCUUCGAGAGGCCUUUAACAAGAGGAUCAUGGAUUUGGAACAGGGCUUACGUGCUGCGAAUGAUGAGGUCGAGAAGAUGGCAGCUAUUGCUGAGCAGGAAAAGCUGAAAAAUAUCAAUAUGGAGAAGGAGCUCCAAGUCCUGCGUCUGCCUGGCUCCAUCCACCAAAAUCCUGUCCUGGACCUGCAGCUGGCUCUGCAGGAGAAAGACAAUUAUAUCGAGCAGCUAAAAAUCACUUUAAAGAAUCAGGACGCACUGAUCCAAGAGAAGAACAGUGGAGUGCAGGGGAUGGGGGCUCCACCAUCAAUUGGUCUGCAACAGCUGUCAGAGCUUAUCACCAAGAAGGAUCAGGAACUUGAGGAAUUAAGGGACACAUUGAGAAGAGAAAGGGAAGCCAUUCAACCAGCGCUUCAGAAGCAAAGUGAUUUUCAUCACUUAGAAAUGGUGAAUAAGAUGUUGAAUGAAGAGCUGAACCAGACGAAACGCACCGUUGAGGACCUGACCAGAACACUUGAGGAGACACAGAAGAAUCUGUCUGGGAGGUUGGAAGAAAAGGAGAAUGAGCUGAACUCUGAGAAGAAGAACGCUUUGAAGCGAGACAAAACAAUCCAGGGUCUCACUCAGGUCCUCCGAGAAAAGGAAAAAGAGAUGGCAGAGUUAUGUCAUGAGAUUGAAGACCGGGAUGAUGCUCUGACCAAAGCAAGGGAGUCGGCCCACAAAGCCCAACUUCAGAAAUACCAGGGAGUGGAGGAGCACCAAAAUUUGCUCAUGGCAACACAAACAGAGCUGGCCCAGCUUCAAGGGGAUCACCACUCCAAGGUGCUGGAAGCCCAAAAGCUGCAGCGUGCCCUGGACAGGAGGGAGCAGGAGCUAUCAGACAUGCAACAGGCAAAGGAGCAGCUCGAGGAGGAACUGGAGGACUUGCUGCAACAGAAGAAGAAGGGAGACAAGGCUGUGAAUGAUUUGAACAAUCAGCUGAAGAAGCUGAGCAGUGAGAUCGGGGAGAGGGAGUCUUCUCUGGAGUUUCAUUACCAGGAGCUGUUGGACCAAACUAAAAGAAAAGUACAGGCCCAUGAGGUGACCAUUCAGCGGCUUACAGCCACCUUGGCUGAGAAAGAGCAGCAGCUCCAGGAGUACAUCAACAUGGUGCAGGACUUCGAGAAAAGCAAAAGCCCUGCUGGAAAUGAUAACAUAAUCUCCAAGCUGCGACAAAGGCUGAAGGAGAAGGAGAAAGCCCUGGAGGAAGCGCUGGAUGAAAAGUUUGCCGCCGUUGAGGAGAAAGACAACGAAAUUCAUCAGCUCCAGCUCUCCCUCCGAGAAAAAGAACGAGAUCUCGAGCGUCUCAAUAACAUUCUGUCGCACAACGAGGAAACGAUCAAUAGCUUUGACAGCAUGAUCAAGGAGAAGGAUGUGGAGCUGCAGCACCUCACAAACACACUGAAAAACCUGCAAAGGGCCAAGCACGAUGUAGAAGAGAACCUGAACAGAGCCCUGAGAGAGAAAGAUUCCAUCAUCAGCCAGUUGCAACAAUCGCUGAAUGGAAAGACAAAAGAUCUGGAGGAAUUGUCUGAAUCAAUGCUCAGCCAGACGCAAAGUCAAACCCGUGACGUGGCCGAGCAGAUGGGCCACAGGUUAAAGGUCACAGAGGCCAUGUUGACUGAGGCAGUGAAGGCCAGAGAAAGGCUGGUCUCUGACAAUGAGAGCGCUGUGGAAGACCUGCUGGCCACGAUUAGCAGCAAGGACCAACUGCUUAAGGAGUCAGCGGAGCACUACAACCGAAUGUUGUCCGAACGCUCGCUAGAGAUCCAGGAUUUGAGGAGACAGCUGUCUGAAACACAACAACGGCUCCUCGCAGCCGAGAGACAAAACUCUGAUGUAGUUCAGGAGGGAUGUUUGGAAACGGCACAGCUGAAAGCCAUGCUUAAUGAAAAAGACGGCCUCAUCAAUAAGCUUCUAGAGUGUGGCCAGGAGAGGGACCAGUAUUUGGCAGAGAUGAAACAGCUGGAUGAGUCUGAGAAAGUGUUGGAGUUGAGGCGGACCAUCCAGAUCAUGCAGGAGAGGUUGGAGCACAGUGAAGCUGAGCUGUCCAGGUGGAUCAGUGGCGACCAUGUGCAGAAUGUAUCUCUUCAAAACAAGACAGUCGUUCUUCUGAAGACGGAGCUGGAGCAGAAAACUGAGGAACUUAAUAAAGCGCUGAAGAGAGAGAGUGAACUGAAGAUAUCCUUGGCGGAGCUACAGUCACUGCUGUCUGAGCUGGAGGGUCAAAAUCAAGCCCAUACCGCCAAUGUUGAGUCUCUGACUGGUACUUUGAAGACCAAGGAUGAGAUCAUUAAUGAUCUCUAUCAACGCCUUGGUCAGAGAGGGGACAUCAUUGAGGAGGCCCCCGGCAGCAGCAAGGAAGGUUCACUUCGUUCUCUACCUCAGAGAGAGAACACCACAAUUGGUGGAGACAGCCAAGCACAUGCUUCACCCAACCUUAUAGCCUUGCAACAGGAACACGCUGCCCUGAACAAAGCCCUGAGGGCAGAACAGCACCUCUACAGCAACCUGGUCCGAGCGGUGAAGGAGCAGGACAGCGUCCAGCGCCUCCACACACUGCAGCUGGAGCUGACAGCGGUGCAACUCCUGCGCCAGCAGCUGGAGGAGAGCAUCAAGAUUAAUGAGGAACUGAGGGACGACUUGGAGAACGAGAUAAACAGAGUGAAGCUCAGAGAAGGUCCAGAUCUUAAAGAGCUGGAGCGUUUGAGGCAUCAGCUGGAAGACGCCCAUCGCUGGAACGCCUCCCUGCAGGCCCGCCUGGGAGCCAUCCAGAACCGGGAUGGAGGAGUUGGAGGAGCCAAUGAUACCGGUGAUUCAAUGAGCUUCAUUGGUGAUCAGACGUCCUACAUGAGCAUUUGUUUGGGGGAGGACCUGGAUGACAGCUUGUCUUCGCUGUCUACACAGGAGCUUAAAAAAAUGGUUUUGGAACUAAGACAGAACAUCAUACGACUCCAGUCCUCAAAUAAUGAUCAUCAGAACCAACCGUCCCAUGACCAUCACAUAGGAAAAGAAAACCAGACCUAUGAGCAUCUAGAGGAGCCGUUGGUCCCCAGAACCAGCCACCAGGACAAUAAACCGCGGCAGACCGUCUCCGAUAAGGUGCUGACUGAUGAGAGCGUGGAUAGCGGCCUCAGCCAGAGUAGAGAGCACGCUCACUCUGGCUGUAGCACCUGGGUCUCUGGAGAGUCCAGGCACAGGACCGAUAUACUGGAACUGGAUUCUUUGAUGGCGGAUUUUGGUGUGACGUCACUGUCACUGUUCAGGGCGGAGCUGCUCAAACUUCGAUCAGAAAACACGGCGCUGCAAGGUUUGCUGAAGGAGCAGAACUCUUCUGAGCACAAAGAGAAGGAGAGCGCGGACGUGUCAGCCAGCAGUAGUGACGGCCGGCCGGAGUGGGGAAAAAGCAGUGAUAUGAUGCAGGAGAAGGUUAAGAGUCUAGCCGCAGUGAGGGGACAGAAGACCUCCAAAGCGAGAUCUGAAAAGAGAACAAAAGUUAAAGCUGAAGAAAAGAAGAAUCUACAAGCCCAACAGCAAUCUGUUGCGAAGCCGCAGGCAUCCAAGUCACGGACUGAAUUCAAGUCACGUCUGCCUGUCCCAGUGAGGCUGAGAGUGUUGACACCACCACACCAACGGCCCGAUCAGGAGGACAGUUCAGUUCUCAGUACAAACCCUGAUGCUCGAUACCAGCAGAGCAGAGAUGACAGUCCAGGCAUCAGUUCAGUGGUGACAGAUCACAGUUCAGACACUGCAGAGGAUCAAUGUCAGAUCAAUCCUGGCUCCUCUUCGCAGCUGGAGCUUCUGCUUCAGGACUGCCAGGGGAAGGACUCAUUGAUCCAGGAUCUGAGGGAGCAGCUGGGGGAGAGGGAGGACCUCCAUGCUCAGCUGCAGGAGAAGGAGCAGCUCAACUGCAGAUAUGCUGAAGAACUACAAGCUCAGAAAAACACCAUCGCUUACCUUACUGCUUGCACCUUGGACAGCCAGAAUGGGCUUGGAUCACAACCCACUGCCAUUGUUUCUGAUGGUUCCCUUCAAAGCAAAUGUGAAGAACUCCACAAAGCCUUGCAGGACAAAGAGGAACUCAUUGCCCAGCACUUGGAUCUGCUGAAUAUUGCAAAGCAAGCCCUCUCAGCUCUGGACCGCAUGGAAAGUCAUCCAGAAGUGAGAGACCUUUGUUUGAAAAUCGAGACUGUAUUGGAGCAACAUGAUGCUUCUUCAAACAAUCAGAAUACAAGAGAAGGAAACAAGGAUUCCAUCAGGAGCUUACAAGCAUCACUUUUGGGGCAGAACAGACUGAGUGCAGAGCUGCAGGAAGGACUAAGGACAGCACAUGAGACAGCACAACAUGGUGGGACAGGGUUGUGCACCAGUUCAAGGCAAACACAAACAGGGUUGGGUGAGCACAUUCGAGGUGAAGAUGAAACGGAUAUGAAAACAUUAAAACGGAUCAACAAAGUUCUGACACGCUGUCUUGAGUCAGCUGAGUCUGCCGUCACUUCACUUGUGGACACUUCUGGUACCAAUCCAGACCUGCAGCAGCACUUGGACCAACUCCAGAUGAGUUUGAAAGAGAGACAAGAGCUUGAGAAACUUGGAGAACCUUCACUACAUCAGAACCUCUGUGUCCUGUGUAAGCGCUUCAGCGACGAUACACAGAAGAUCUCUGAGCUGCAAGUUUCAUUACAAGAGAGGAUAUGUAGAGAAGAGGGCAAUGCCCACUCCACCACUGUGGAAGCUAAAGGCCUCCCGCCCAGUGUCCAGCUGCAGCUGGAGACACUCCAUAAGGCACUAAGGGAAAAGAAAAAAGCCUGUAAAAGUCUGGAGGAGAGACUGGCCUCAGCUCAGAGUAACAUGGCCGAGGCCUCUGCCCCACCACACUUGGUGCCCACGCUGGAGCAGGAUGACAAGAGCGUGCAGGUGGAUUUUCAGGACCUGGGUUACGAAACCAGUGGCAAGAGUGAGAACGAUAGGGAGGAGAGCAGUAGCACAGACCUGGAGGUUGGCGUCAAACCAGGCUGCAGUAAUUCAAGUCUGCCGUCGCUGUUGAAACAGGAGCAGGUGACUUUCUCCUCAACGGAAAACCUGGAUUCCUCAUCCAGCACUCCGUACCCAAGUUCUCCUGCGCUCAGCUCAGCCAAGGCCAGUCUGAAAAGCCCUCAGGUAUAUGAGGACUCUGGGGUUUCAGAGGACUCAGCCAGGGUGAUGAAGGCCCAUCGAGAAAACAAGUCUGGUGAUCUCAGUCCGAGCAGAUGUCACCUAGCAGGCAGCAGGAAUCCAGAAAGCAUGCUGAGAGAAGAGGUGGAGAACCAGGCAGUGAAUGGUCAAACAUCUGGAACUAAGCAGGAGAAGUCUCCUAACAGGAGCUUCAGUGAGCAGCAGACUCGCAGCCGCUCCACCUCUCCUGCCAGGUUGGACUCUCUGGUUCAGUCUCAAGCCCGGGAGCUCUCACAGCUCCGGCAGCAGAUCAAGGAGAGCCGCCGGCUCGGGUGUCUGCUGCGCCGCCAGCUGCCGGAGCUGAGCAAAGCUUUCCAGGAGCUCCUGCAGGCCUGCGAGGUGGACCGCCACAUGGGGGAGGUGGUGAAGGGCCAGCUGGACAAGAGCAUGAUCAUCCUGGACAGACUUGAAGGACGGCUGGACAAAGGAGAUUCUCAUCCAGACAACCAAGAGAGGGCAGCACUGGAACUGUCGCGCAGGCUGGCCGUCGAGCUGCAGGAGAAGAACCGACUCAUCCAGGGCCUGCAGAGCCAGGUCAGAAGUCAAAGUCCCAGCAGCCACCGCAGCUCCCACUCGGACCAGUGCUCGGACAGAACCUCGUCUUCCAGCCGCAGCAGCCCGAGUGCAUCAGACCGCCACGCUCCCCGACGGCGACACCAGGAGGGAGGGGCGGAGUCAGGCGACGUCCAGCUGCAGAGGGAGAACGGGCGACUGCAGGAGCGGCUGAGGAGCAGCGAGGAGCUCAACGCCACCCUGCGCUGUGAACUGGACCUGCACCGCUCUAUCAUGGCCCAGAACCGCCAGCAGCAGGGCCUGGACCAGUCUCAGAGCGGAGAACCCCAUGACGCCGGGAACAUUAGCGUGCACACAGAUGCAUCGCCUCAGUCCAUCAGUGCAGAUCUGUUGGCCGAGCACCUGCAGGAGAUCCGAGCGCUGCGUCAGCGUCUGGAGGAGAGCAUCUGCACCAACGACCGACUGAGGGAGCAGCUGGAGAAGAGACUCGCUGAGGUGGAGAAGGACUCAGCCACCAACAUCUUCAUCCACGGCAGCGAGGAGAAGCUGGCCAGCGAGCUGCGACUGCUGUGGGACCAGAACCAGUCCCUGAAGGAGCAGAUGCACCAGGUCUCCAGAGAUAAACAGCGGGAGGUCGACAAGCUGCGCGACACGCUGACUCGGCGAACCUCCAAGCUGGAGCAGAGCCGAGCGGAGUGUGAUGCUCUGAGGCAGGAGAGGCAGCAGCUGCAGGAGCGGCUGGAGAUCAGCUCCCAGGAGAACACUCAGCUUCGGGACUCUCUCCACUGCAGCACCCAGGAGCUCAGCAGGUUGCAGGUGGAGGUGAAGCUCCAGCGGCAGCAGCUGACCGACUCUCAGCGCCUCCUGCAGUCUCUGCGGGUGGAACUACAGGUGUUUGAGAAGAUGAAGGGCGAGGCUCAGAAGCACAGAGAGGCCAGCGGCGCAGCUCCAGAGAGCGUUCUGGCUGCCGGCCCAGUGGACCUGAGCGAGCUGCUGUCUGAGAUCCGACGACUGCGCCUGCAGCUGGAGAGAAGCAUCCAGACCAACACGGCUCUGAGACAGAAGCUGGAGGAGCAGCUGCUGAGAGGCACCGCUCGCUCCGACACCAUCAACAUCAACUACCUGCUGUCACCAGAUGAGGGGGGGAGGUCUCCGGUACAAGAGGGUCACGACCUCAGUCACGCUGUCACGAGUCAGAACCAUCAGGAGUACGACGUCAGAGACCUGGACUCUCGCUCCAGCCUCAGCAGCAGCUCUGGCGACGGCCUCAGUGACGCCCCCUACCGCCUGGUGCCAGGUCACAGGAUGUGGGCCGAUCGCAACGGGCGGCACGUGCUAGCGCUGAUCGAAGACUUCAACGCUCUCCGCAAGCAGAUCUCAGAGGGCCGGAAGCUGUCGCGCAGCAUGGGGACGCAGCUUCACACGCUGGGGCGGCAGAGCAGCGAGCAGAAGGCUGUGGAGCAGCAGCAGGUGAAGGGCUUCUCCAGCAGCGUCAGCUCCAUGCAGCAGGUUCUCGGAGAAGCUUCUCGGCUCCUCAAACUGGUCUGGAGAGUUUCUCUACCGGCUGGUCACUCGGCAGGAGAUGGCAGCAGCAACAACAACCAGCAGCAGCAGGACCAGCAGCUGAUGGAGGAGAUCUCCAGGCUGAAGAGCCGGCUGUCGCAGCAGGAGAAGAUGCUGAGCGGUGCCGUCAAACGUCUGCGGACCACCAACCAGCUGAAGGAGGGGAUGGAGCGAGUCAUCAUCGACCAGCUGUCCCUCACGCACGGAGUGCUGAAGAAGGCCCGGGGAAACCUGGAGACUAACUUCUGUGCGCUGGUCGGCCCCAGAGGCCCGACUGACACUUCAGAGCGAGGAAGUGCCAGUGAACGGCCAGUAGAGGUCGCUGCAGGAGCCUCCAGCCUUCACAGAGUGUAAAUGUGCUUCCGUCCUGCUGACUUCACACUUUUAAAUUGCACACAUGGCCUGUUAAGAUUUAUUUUGGUACUUUGAGUUCGUAAAUAUUGUUUGUAAGGAGAAUAUUUUAUUACCAAACUGGAGUUUUUAUUCAGAAACAAGACGCAGUAAAGUCUGUGAAACUGU